AUGAUCCUCUCACAGCGCCUCCCACAUCGAAUCCUCCCCUCUUCUUCCUCUUCCUCGGCGUUUUUAGGGUUCUCCAACACGAUCUCCUCGAUUUGCGGCCGCCGCCUCACCGUUCGUGGAGGACGACCGCUGGUUCUCCCGCUCGUCACCACAAGCGCAUCUACAGUCGCGGUGGAACCUGAAGUAGACGUCUCGUUUUCCGAACAGAAUGCGGUGUCCGAUGACGAGGAGCUCAGAUUUGCCGCACAGACCCCGGAAUUUGAACAGGCGCCGAUACGGCUCCCGCUUCAGAAGCUGUUCGUGCCUCCGGAGGUGGACCUGAUUGGUGGAGUCGGCAGCGCGAGGGUUCUCAAGGGUUCCAACAUCGUGCUGGGACCGUACGCGAAGGGGGAGCUUGUAUCCGCGGCAGAGUUCGUGAAGAGCAGCACCAAGACGGAGGACUGCCCCUCGGAUGGUCUGCCGGAGUUCGCACUCGUUGGACGGUCCAACGUGGGGAAGUCGUCGCUGCUCAAUUCGAUCGUCAGGCGCAAGCGUCUAGCUCUUACCUCCAAGAAACCUGGUCAGUUCGUCCCCCCGUCCUUCUCAUUCUUCUCUCAACACAUCGACGAUGCUUUAUUCCCAUUUUUGGUUUUUCUUCGGCUGGGUUGGCUUUCUCACCAUCUUAAUUUCUUCUUCAAUUAUCCCUGAUCAGUGAAAUUAAAUUAAAUUACAUAUAUAUAAAAUUAGAUAGUCGCAGGCUAGGCAUUGGAAUUGGUAUCGUGUUCUUUUUUUUUCCCCAUGUCUGUAAGAUUAUCAGUAAAUGCAUUAUCGAUUGUUAUUUUAGGGUUCUUGAUGUCAUCUGAAACCAUUUCCGCAUAAUCUGAAGCUUCAGUCCGAGAGGAAAUCUGGUUCUAUAGAAACUAUCUACUUCUCAUCCUACUUCACACUGUACCUCUGAUCUCUGAUAAUCUCCGUUGGGUAUUCCCUCUGUUUGGCCUCAUUCAGUCCCAAAUCCCUCGGUUCAUUUAUCUGAGCUGACCUAAUUUUCCUUUCUUGUCUUCUCAAAAUUCCCGAAUCCCCAUGUAUAUCCGAUGAUUUCUCAGUCCCAAGUGAUGCGAUUUCAUAUCUAAUCUAGUUGCUCUGCCAUUUUUCUGAGCCAUCGAUGCCUUCACCUUGCGGAGUUUGGUCUCAUCUCAUCCAAAAGACUACUUAAUCAGCACUGAUGUUCUUGAAAUGUGUGCAAGUUGAGCUCCUCAACGCAAUCAUGUUCUUGAAUGUGCGCAGACUUCCUUCAUAUGUUCUAUCACUUUCUAUAAUCUGAUAAAUCGGAUUUUCAGGGACCCAAAAUUAUUUUGGAUGAAUCUCAAUCCAUCCUGCCCAGUUCGUCUCUGAUUUCUAUAACAUCUCAAAUGGAAUCCCCCCAUUUCUUUCGGCUCCAUUUGAAUGCGUUUCAAGAGGACCAUUUUCCAUCACUAGAAAAUCAUUAUCGGAAAUCUCUGCUGGGCAGUAUCUCGCAUGAAAUGGUCUUCUCCCACGCCGAAUCCGAUGUUUAAGCUCAUCACGUGGAGGAGUUGUCAAGCUUUAGGUUUGACUUUUCUAGCAGUUUCCGUCAAAAGGAAAACCCACGCCGUUGACCACGCAGAUUCAGGAGGAAAGUAUCAAUAGAAAUUCAUGCCAUAUAUGAGCCAUGCCGAUUGCUAUAUGCUGUUCUUCCUCUCCAUCUCGUCAAUCCAUGCUCACUGUUCCUCGUUAACUUGCUCAUGCUGCUCCCCUUGCAGGGAAAACACAAUGCAUCAACCAUUUCCGGAUAAACGACAGCUGGUAUCUCGUGGAUUUGCCGGGAUAUGGGUACACCCCCAACACCCAUCCUUCUGUCAUAUGGUCAACUAACGGCUAUAAUGGGGCCCUUAAUCAUAUCCAUUUUCAUUCUAUCGUGCAUUAGUACCUCAUGGAGCUGGGUCUCUGGGCACACAGACUGCAACCAAUAUUAGCUAAUUUUGGGUCAACCCGCGCAGGAUCUAAUGGUCUGGUGUGAUUCCUCUCUGGGCCAGGUACGCCUCGGCACCGCAGCAGCUGCGGACCGACUGGGACAAGUUCACAAAGGACUACUUCCUGAAGCGGCAGACCCUGGUCUCGGUCUUCCUCCUCAUCGACGCCAGCAUCCCGCCGAAGAAGACGGACCUUCAGUACGCAUGCUGGCUCGGGCAGAACCAGGUGAUGAGUUGCUCAGUGUUCUUCUCCAUAUCCGUGUCGAUUUCCAGCAAGAUGGUUCUUUUUCUGGAAGUCUGUUGAUGGGCCGAUCUCCAAGAAAAGCCCGCAAAGUCUGGAAGAGGUCGCUGGGCUUGGGCCGUUUUCCGGGCUUUUCCGGGCUUUUCUGACUUUAUUUGGGAAAAUAAAAAUCCCAUCUUUGGGCAGGUUCCGAUGACCAUACUGUUCACGAAGUGCGACAAGCGGAAGAAAGCGAAGAACGGCGGCAAGCGGCCGGAGGAGAACGCGGAGGAUUUCCAGAACCUGAUCGGGGAGUUCUUCCAGACGGCUCCGCCGUGGAUCCUGACCAGCAGCGUCACCAACCAGGGGAGGGACGAGAUCUUGCUGCACAUGGGUCAACUCAGGAACUACUGGCUGAAGCGUUGA